UGAGAGGCAGGUCACAUGACACACAUGGAGCCUGGGCUAGUGUACAAUGUCACUCCGUCGGCUGCUGGGGGUGGUGAGGGCAUGUCACAUGGGGCGGAGGGUCACCGUCUCCCCGGGCUGCUCUCGGUAUGGCAGUCACGUGGUGCCGUUCCUCGGUCCUGAGCGGCUGGACACCUUGGGGUUCCGCACUCUGUGGAAGGGCUCGGGUCCGGGAGAGGGGAAGUCUCCGCUAGUGGGGGGCUGGGGUGAAGCGGAAACGAUCGAGGAGGAAGACGAGGAUGUGGAGGAGCUUCUGCUUUCUCAGGCGCCCGCCCUCUUUGGGGCGCAGAGGAUUUUCAUUGUACAUCCAGAUGUUAAAUGGGGGGCUAAGAAGCCGCAUGACACAACUGCUGAACUUUUGCUUGCUGAAGCAGUCGCUCUAGUACACAGCAUUCCUAACUGGACAGUUGUGGAUAAGCUAAUCAUGUCUACAAAAUCACCUGAUCAGAAACACAUUUUUGGAAAAGGGAACUUUCAGACUCUUACAGAAAAGUUUAAAGGUAUUCCUCAGCUCACUGCAGUUUUUUUGAACGUUGAAAGACUAUCUCCUUCGAGUGAGAAUGAACUGGAAACAGCGUGGGGAGUGAAAGUGUUUGACAGAUACACAGUGGUCCUUAAUAUUUUCCAAUACAAUGCCCGCACAAAAGAAGCCAAGCUACAGAUUGCACUGGCUAAACUUCCAUUACUAAGAUCCAAACUAAGAAAUGAAAUGGCCCACUUGGACCAGCAGGGUGGAGGUUCAAGAUAUGUAAUGGGGUCAGGUGAAACAUUAGUGGAGGUCCAACAAAGAUUGCUGAAGGGGAGAGAGAUAAAGCUUAGGAGAGCUUUAUUUGAACUAAGUAGGAAGAGGACACUACUGAGGACACAGCGCAAACGGCGGGAGUUUCCAAUAAUCUCUGUAAUGGGUUAUACCAACUCUGGAAAAACAACCCUGAUAAAGGCGCUCACUGGUGAUAUAAGCCUUCAGCCACGUGACCAGCUUUUUGCCACACUUGAUGUCACAGCCCACGGUGGAUUGCUUCCUUGUCGUAUGCCAGUUAUAUAUGUUGAUACCAUUGGCUUUCUCUCUCAGCUUCCACACAGUUUAAUAGAGUCUUUUUCUGCCACACUAGAGGAUGUCAUUCAUUCGGAUUUAUUAAUUCACGUGAGAGAUAUAAGUCACCCUGAAGCUAUCAAUCAGAAGAAAAGUGUUCUGAAUGUUCUCUCCAACUUGAAUGUUCCCCAGAAGCUCCUUGAUACAAUGAUUGAGGUGCACAAUAAAAUUGACUUGGUUGAGGGACAUGAAACUAAAGACACAGCUGUUUCUGUGUCUGCACUUCAUGGAUAUGGCUUGGAAGGCCUCAGACAAUGUAUAGAGACUGGUGUGAUGGAGACUACAGGGAGGAUAGCUGCCACAAUCCGAGUAAAUCUGGAAAGUGCUCAGUUAAGUUGGCUUUACAAAGAGGCUUCUGUACAGGAAGUGAAAGUACUGCCAGAAGACGGUGCAGCUGAUGUGCUUGUCAUCAUAACCAAUGCUGCUUAUGGAAAAUACAGAAAACUGUUUUGUAAAUGAAUGUUUGCACUACUUUUAUUAACCAUGCAUUUAAAGUGCACUUAGAAUGUUUUCCUGCUAUUUCAAAAUAGUGUGGACCUAGAAUGUGAAGGGCACUUAUUGCUAAUUGCCAUUUCAAAAUGUUUUGGACAGAAGUGAAUAUUUAUAUAUAUUUAAAGGCACUAUACAAAAAAGUUAUGCCUGCAGAAGCCUGGGGGGGUUGGGUGGGUAAUAUGUAUAUGAAUGGUUUAUUAAUAGAAUCUUCAGUGACCUGAUACAACUAUAUUAGCAUUGUCCUGUAAAAGAAUAAAACCUAUUUUCAUAAGUCUU